GAGUUUCCAGAAGGUGGUCUUGCCGCUUGGUCUACUGCUUUUGGAUCGUUUCUCAUAUUGUUCUGCAGUUGGGGUUACAUCGCAUCAUUUGGUGUAUACCAAGCCUUCUAUACUGGAAAUUAUCUCGCAAAUGAGACAUCAUUUGCUAUUUCUAUCCUCAUGGUCUCUUGCAGAUUCAUUGGGAGCUUCAAUACAUUUUUAGGCACCUCUGUGAGCCUUGUAUCAGGCACACUAUACGAUCGAGGUUAUUUUCACCAUCUUGUCGUUGCCGGGUCGCUGCUGCAGAGUUUCUCUCUUUUCAUGCUGUCAUUGGCGAAGCCCAAUCAGUACUAUCAGAUAUUCCUUACUCAAGGCUUAGGCUCAGGUAUCGCAUUGGGGUUGCUGUACAUCCCGAGCCUGGCCAUCGUCUCGCAUUAUUUCAGACGGAAACGCACACUGGUGAUGGCAUUCCUUACUAUGGGCUCAUCGCUGGGUGCUAUCAUCCACCCGAUUAUGCUUAAUAAUCUCCUGAAUGGGCGCCUUGGGUUUGCCAAUGGCGUACGUGCAAGUGCAGGGUUAGUUAGCGCGCUCCUUUUGAUUGCAUGCUUGUGUAUGCGAACUCGCCUUGAUCCGCCGACGACACCAGUGAACUAUAUCGUGGCAGCUAGAAAGUGUCUUCGUGAUGUUCCGUUCUUUUUCGCGACAGUAGGGGCGUUUCUUUUCCAGAUUGGCUUCUACUACCCGACAUUUUUUCUUCAACUCGAUGCUACCCAACACGGUAUUGGCAUCACCUUUUCAUCUUACUCUCUUGUGAUUUUAAAUGCGUCCAGCUCUGUGGGACGAGUUUCAGCAGGGUAUAUCGCAGGGUAUAUAGGAGUCCUCAACUUGACCGUGAUUUCGGCAAUUUCGUGCGGAUUGAUACUUUUGGGCACUAUUGGAUUGAGUAGCCUGGCCAGCGUCGUUAUCAUUGCUGUGCUUUUUGGCUAUUUUCAAGGGGUGUACACUGCGUUAUUGAGUCCACUUAUGGCUACCCUAACGCACAACCCCUCUGAGCUUGGCGGGUGGAUGGGUAUCAGUUUCUUUCUUGGCGGAUUCGGAAGUUUAAUUGGAACACCCAUUUCUGGUGCCCUACUUACAUCAAAUUAUAUCUGGUGGAGACCCGCUUUGUUCUCUGGGGUGAGUCGACUG